GCGCCGUGGCAAGCUCCUGCGGCUUCUCCACCCGCCCGGACACGUCUCGACAAGGGCCGGGCUAACCGCAUCGACGCUUGCUCCACUGAGGCGGCCAACUGCCGUCCUGUCGUCCAACGGUGGGCUUUGGGCUCGAAUCCUUUCCCUCCCUCCUCCCACUGCCUGCAACCAUCCCCGUCGCUGUCACAACCACACCACACCACCACCUCGACCGCCGGGCAUGCCCGAGCCCGCUGCUGCUGCCGCCCCACGCCAGCGAGCCUUCCGCACAAAGUCGCGCCUGGGCUGCCUCCAGUGCAAGCGCCGCCAUGUCAAAUGCGACGAGCGCCGCCCGCGCUGUGGCCGCUGCGUCGCCGCCGGCUCGGACUGCUCCCUGCAGCUGCUGACUGCCGCCCUCCCGGGCUCCUUUGCCGUGCGGCCGGCCACGUCCGGUGCCGGGGCCGGGGCUGGACUCGGUGGUGGCAAACGGCCGGCCGUGCCUUCCUCCUCUGUCUCCUCCUCCGCCUCCUCCAGCAGAUCCAGCCCACGAACAGACCUCAUCUCGGGCUCCAUCAGGCCGCAGUGCGACACGCGCCUGACGGCCCUCGAGGCCGCCUACUUCGACGUCUUCCGCCGGCGCACCGUGCACAACAUGGUCGUCCAGGGCCAGAGCCUGGACCUCUGGACCCGCGUCGUGCCGCGCGAGGGCAUGCGCAACCCGUGCAUCCGCGCCUGCAUCCUCGGCCUCGGCGCCCUCGACUGUGCCCGGCAGGAUGCUGCUGCUGCCGCCGCCGCGUCUGCCACGCUCACUCCGUCUCCGAGUCCUGUCUCGAGUCCUGUCUCGAGUCCUGUCUCGAGUAGUAGUGGGAGUCCCGGAUUCUCAGCCACCAACAACAACAGCAAGGACGACGACGACGACAGCAGACCAGUCGAGCUACCCCUGUGCGCGGCCACCUCACCAUCACGCCUCAGCGUCCACCACACCCGCGCGACGCGGUAUUACAUCCAGGCCCUCGCGUACAUGCGGCAGCUGCUCGCGGCGGGCCACGACAGCAAGGCCGUCGAGUCGCAGGCCCGCACGAUCCUGAUUGCCAGCAUCCUCUUUGUCGCGUACGAGGCCCUGCAGGGUAACAUCGACACGGUGGACCAGCUGCUCGCUACCGCGGUGCUGGCGCUCAAGGGCCGGCUGUCGAGCUUGUCUGCCGCGGCGCCGGCUCGGGACUCAGACGAAGUGGUUCGGGGGCCAGAUGACGCACGAAAGGUGCGGUCCGGGGCGACGGCGAGGAAGCCGACACCCAAGAUAGCAGCCGCCGUCGACGACGCCGGCGUCGAGGAGGCCGAGUUCUUCCUGCCCCGCGUCGCCGUGAUCCGCGGCUUCUGUGCCCCAAACUACCCGGCCUUCCCGCCGCCGCAGCUCGAGGCCCUCUGGACGGUGCCGCUGGACCUCAAGGCCGGUGUCCCGGCGCUCAACGCCAGCCUGGCCGAGAUUAUCCGCGCCUACGAGAAGACCAUGACGGCCGUGACGACCUGGUUCUUUGCCAUCCACCGGCUCGUCGUCAUCGAGCAGCACCCGCCCACGCCGCGGGCCGUGGACGAGCAGAACCAGCUCGUCGCGCUGUUCCGGGGCUGGCUGGCCCUGCUCAAGCACCGCCUCGCGAGCAUCAACAGCAGUCUCACUACGACGACGAGCAAGACCGAGAGCGACGACGACGACGAUCACGAAGAUCACGAGACUGCAGACACCCAAGCCCAGCGGCAGCAGCACCAGCAGACCCGACGCAUGCUCCUCGUCUACCAGAUCGGGGGCUCCCUCGCGCUCGUGCACUCGAUGGCGGCGCUGGACCCGACGGAGCGCAUGUGGGACGUGCUGGCCGAGCAGUGCCGCGAGACGUGCUCGCUGAUUGAGAACCUGCUCGACGAGCUGGACCGCCAGGAGCAGCAGCAGAAACGCCACGACAGCAGCAACAACAACAACAAAAACAAUAACAAAACCACCGCCGCCACCCCGAUCCGCCGCAUGUUUGACGACCAGCUGCUCCCCAUCGUGCACGGCUUCACCGCGCGCUGCCGGUACCGCGACGUCCGGGACCGGGGCUUCGCGCUGUACCGCCGGCUCGUGCGCCGCCACGGCAGCGAGUGGGACAGCAAGACGGCCGUGAUCCGGACCGAGGCCGCCUGCGCCCUCGAGGAGGCCGGGCGGGACCCGGCCACGGGCGAGAUCCCCCUCGACCGGCGGUACAUCUGGAUGGGCGCGCGGUGGAAGGGCGACGACUACUCGGCCCUCGUGGUCACGCUGCGCAACAUGCGGACCCGCAGGGACGAGGUGGUCGUGGUCGACCGCGGAGGCGAGUUUGACCGGCUGGUCGGCGGGAGGAGGACGACAAGGACGUGAAUUAUGUGUGUCGGAUAUACCCACUUUUUGAUAUUUCUUCUGCUGAUGAAUCUAUUAUGCCAAACCUACAAUUACCAGACGCCUUGAAUGCAGCUUAUUCCUCUGUCCGCCCAAUCACUUCCCAAACGGCCAGAGCUUCGCCCCGACACCAUACACGCCGCUGGCCACCCACCCGGCCGUCCUCUUGGUCGCCCGGAAUACCGUCACGACCAAACCCCCGGGCAGCGAGAUGAUGUCCCAGACCCCGCGGGCCAGGUAGCUCGUGUUCUCGUGCGCGGUGCCGGCGACCCACUGCACGUCGGCA